AUGUCAGAGAGUAUCAUUACAACCAAAAUUUCCCUCCCCCUGCCGGCAUCUGGCCGUGCACUGAACGAGAUAAACAAGAGCUACAGCGUCGGAGGGAUCAACUCUUUGCCGGUAUACCUGGUCUCAGGGCAAGGUUCCCGGCUCAAGGAUUCCGAUGGGCGCGAGUUGAUUGAUUUCAUCUGUGGAUUUAGCGCCAGCAACCUUGGGCAAUGUCACCCGAGGCUUCUUGAAGCGCAAGUCAACUCAGCUAAGAAAAUAACACUCGCCAACAUUGCUGGCCAGGCAGAGGGAUGGCCUCGUCUGGCCAAACGCUUGUGUGAUAAGUUUGGGUAUGACAAGAUAUUGGCCAUGACAUCGGGUUCCGAAGCUACAGAUACGGCUUGCAAGUUGGCGCGUGGAUGGGGAGUCGACAUCAAGAAAAUCGACCCCAAGGAGGUUCUUGUACUCGGAACGUCAGACAACUACCACGGUACGCUUUCUGGGGUAUGGCCUCUCAUGGAACCGGAAGCUGGCUGGGAAGAAUUCGCGACAUUCAGCAAGAAUAUGACCAACAUCAAUCCUCAAACAGGAAAGGUUCUUCGCUACCUUCAUAUCGAAGACUUUGCAGAGAUAUUUGAGCAGAUGCAUGAGCGUAUUGCUGCAGUCAUCAUGGAGCCACUUCAUGGACUUGCCAGGCGAGAAGAGAUCAACUUUUGCAUUGGAGUCUGGAAGCUAUGCAAGCAGUACAACAUUCUCUUCAUCGCAGACGAAGUCCGGAUGGGUUCCUGCAAAACUGGCAGGUUCUUGAGCUCUGACUGGAUGGGACCCGAGCACAAACCAGACAUGGUGACCAUGGGCAAGUCCAUCUCUGGAGGUGUCUGGCCAACCUCGUUUGUGCUUGGCCCCGAUGAAGUCAUGAACAAAAUGAAGCCAUACCACUCAGUCAGCACAUUCUCAAUGUCUUCAAUGGCCGUCACAGGUGUGACUACCGCAUUGGAUAUCUACGAGGAGAACCUACAGCAGCGAGCCCAAGACAUCCAUGCCAAAUGGAGCGCGGAAACAUCGACGUGGAAUUUCCCCUGGUUGCGAUAUUGUCCCGCUUUCGGCGCAGACUUGAAUAUUUUGCUGGACACAGAGUACGAAAGUAAAUCGGAGAACAUUACUCCCCGCCGGUUCUCAUUGCUGUGCGCUAGCAAAGGUCUACUCGUCUUUCCUGGCCCCAAUGGUCGCAUUCGUUUGGGAGUCGCCUUGACCAUUCCUGAUGAAGAUCUCCUCCAGGGUUUCAAGAUCCUGAAAGAGGCAUUGGAAGAGUUGCCACAGUACGGCGAGAUUGAAGGUUCCGAAGAAACCAAGGGUGCUUUCUGA